GGCGGCGGCGGCGAGCCCGGGGGCGAGGCGCGGACGCAAAGAGGAAAAGCUUCCAGCAGCACCGGCGGGCGGGCGGCGGCGCACCCACUGCCGCGCUCCGAGGUGAAACCGCUCCGGGAGAGGAAGCGGGUGUUUUCCCCUCUUCGUUUUGGCCCCCGCCCUUCCUUUCAGUUUCUCUCCGCUUGCUCGGAAGUUGGUGGUUGACAAAAAUGGUAGGAGCCGGGGCGCGGGCGGGUUGCCGCAGCGCCGCGGGGACCUUCUGAGUUGGCUUGGCCGCAGGGGAGACGCGUGCAGGGGCGUCUGAUGAGUGGGGCUCUGGCCCUCGGGAGAGCACAGCCACCACUGACCCAAGACGAGGAGGCGACCGGGAUGGACUCGUGCCUACAGCAGGCGGCGGGCCGCAGGGCGCGCGGUCCGGGAGGGCGUGCCGCCUGGGCUCCGGGCCGCACUUUGUAAACUGCGAGGCGGGAAGGGACCGCCGCGGUGCCCGGCACACCCGGGUGUGGCGAACAGGCUAGCGAGCGAGCGAGCCUGCUGCUGUGCGCAAUCAGUGCAAGCUCCCGCCCGACUCUGACUCGGCGCGGCAGCGCCAGCGCGGGCCACACCCUCAGUCCUGCAGCCGCCGCCGGCGCCGCUUCCCAAGAGCGGGAGGCAGGAGAUGCGCCCGGAGCGGCAGCGCGUCCCAAAGCUCCAACCCGGGCCACUGUCGCGGAAAAGUGCCUCUUUGCGGGGUCACGGCGCCUGAAGCCCACGUGCACCGCGGAGCCGAGGCGGCCUCGCGCGCGGCGGCUGACAGUAAAAGCCGCCUGGGCCGCCGCCCGCGCUCCUCCCGAGGAAAGGAUUUUGAUUUCAAAGAAAGGAAGGAAGGAAAGACAACUCCCAGCUUCCCCGUCCCGCCCUCUCGGCAGCCAGGCCGGGCCAUGCCCAGGAAGGAGGUGGCGGCCCAGAAGAGGGGACUUUCCUGGCAACACGGCGGCGAGGAGCGCGGACUGUGAGUUUGCCCUGCCCUGGUUCAUGCUUCCUGCAAGUCCUCCAGGAGGCCGGACACCACAGCCCCGCCUCGCGUCCCGAAGAGCCUCUUGCGUUUCCUGGCCCUCUGUCCGGCCCCGCACCGCCCAGGCUCUGGCCGCCGCAGCUCAGUGCCCUCCGCCCGGGGCGGUGGAUGGCAUGAUGGUUCGGGGAAGGCACCACAGCCUUGGCCUUCUCAGUCGCGACAGCCGCGGGGGCGGUGGUAGUGGCAGUGGCGGCGGUAGCGGGCUCCCCAGCGGCAUGCCAGUGCCCCCCGGGCGCGAUGGCUAGCGGCAGCGCUGGGAAGCCCACCGGCGAGGCGGCUUCUCCGGCUCCUGUGAGCACCGUCGGCGGGGCCAGCUCGCACCCAAGGAAGAGGCUGGUGUCUGUCUGCGACCACUGCAAAGGCAAAAUGCAGCUGGUAGCAGACUUACUGCUGCUGUCAAGCGAGGCGCGUCCUGUGCUGUUCGAGGGCCUCACCUCCUCCUGUGCUGGCGCCGAGUCCUUCGAGCAGUGCCGGGACACCAUCAUCGCGCGCACCAAGGGGCUCUCCAUUCUUACCCACGAUGUGCAAAGCCAACUCAACAUGGGCCGCUUUGGAGAGGCAGGGGACAGCUUGGUGGAGCUGGGCGACCUGGUGGUGUCGCUAACCGAAUGCUCCGCCCAUGCAGCCUACCUGGCAGCCGUGGCCACGCCGGGUGCGCAACCCGCGCAGCCGGGCCUGGUGGACCGCUAUAGAGUGACGCGCUGCCGCCAUGAAGUGGAGCAGGGCUGUGCGUUGCUUCGAGCCACGCCGCUGGCCGACAUGACGCCGCAGCUGCUGCUGGAGGUGUCGCAGGGCCUGUCACGCAACCUCAAGUUCCUGACGGACGCGUGUGCCCUGGCCAGCGACAAGUCUCGGGACCGCUUUUCACGCGAGCAGUUCAAGCUGGGCGUCAAGUGCAUGAGCACGAGCGCAUCAGCGCUGCUGGCUUGUGUGCGGGAGGUGAAGGCGGCACCCAGCGAGCUGGCACGCAGCCGCUGCGCUCUCUUCAGUGGGCCACUGGUGCAGGCUGUGAGCGCCCUGGUGGGCUUUGCCACCGAGCCGCAGUUCCUGGGUCGCGCGGCCGCUGUGAGCGCUGAGGGCAAGGCGGUGCAGACCGCUAUCUUGGGCGGUGCCAUGAGCGUGGUGUCAGCCUGCGUGCUCCUGACCCAGUGCCUCAGGGAUCUGGCGCAGUACCCCGAUGGGGGCGCCAAGAUGUCGGACCACAGGGAGAGGCUGAGGAAUUCGGCCUGCGCCGUGUCUGAAGGCUGCACCCUGCUAUCUCAGGCUUUAAGGGAGAGGUCUUCGCCCAGGACUUUACCGCCAGUGAAUUCCAAUUCUGUGAAUUAGUUCCCCCCCAUACUCCUUCUUCCGUCCUAGACUAAAGGAAGAUACUUUACUUUCUGCCCCUCUCCAUUUAUACCAAAGAAUCAUAGGUGAAGCCCCUUCCCACCCCAUCCCCUGUGUUCAUACUCAAGAGGAAUCUUCCAAGAGGCAGGGCCUUGCACAAAACUUACACACUCAGAGGGCCCAGACGCCCACCAGCCCAUACACAAGUAGGGACUGGGACAUAAAUGUGUAGUUAUUCACCCCAACCCCAGCCCAUCUUCCGGAAUUUCACAACCAAAUUUCAUUAAUUGGGCAGGAAGGAGGUCAUGGGUCCAUUUCUUUCUUUUUUUUUUUUAAUUAAAAAAAAUGGUUACCUCAGUUUUCACUCGUUAGACUUGGAUGUAGCUACCUUUUUUGUAUGUAUUUUUUUUUUUUAAGCAAUCGUGUUGGAUUAGGAGUAUAAUUGGUGUGGAAAGAGUAUGACUUUGUCAUGUGAUUUGCAAAUGGGGGGAAAGCUACUGUGAGUGUGUGGUUUUUUUUUUUUUUUUAAUUUACACUAUAAAGAGUGAUUUUUUUCCCCCAAUGUCAAGUUUUUACCUUGCAUGUACUGGAGUAUUUAUUUCAUCUAUUAAAAUGUUAUGUUUCUCAGA